UCGAAUUCAUCCCCAUCCUCCUCCUCUCUCUCUCUCUCUCUCUCUCGCUCUCGCUCUCUCUUCGGAAUCGCUGCCAUUAAACGUUUCAAGGUCCGUAGAGUCUUCAGCACAAGAUUUAGCCACCGAGCAGACUUUGCUAGGAAUUUGGUUCUGUAAUGGAGAAUCGGGGAAAGAGAGUGGAUGUUGCGAAACUGCUUUCACUUGGAGAUGACUUAAUUGGAGUACUAAAUAACAGAAAGGAUGGUGAUAACUUGAUGCAGUCUUUGGAAGGCAUGAAAACUCUUCAAUCUUCAUGCGAGAUGGACUCCCGUGAGGUUCAAAACUUACUAGAUGAUUAUCAGAAAAGAGUUGAUGAAUGCAAAGGAAAGAUAGAGAAGGCAAAAGCUGAAAGUACUGCCGAUGCGGAACAAGAACAUCUUCAGAAUGAACUGGAAGAGAAACUUCAAAGUGAACGCUUACUUCGCCAAGAACUUAGAAUAAUUAGUGAUGAGCUUAGUGCCCUAGAGCGACAGAGAGUUUCCAUUGAAAAGCGAAAAGAAAUGAUCAAGAAAGAAGAGAAAGAUUCUGCACGAGCUCGGGAUUUGCUCUCUAUGUGUGCUUCAGUGACAAGUAUUAUUCCCACAUUAGACGACCAGACAAAAAUUUCCGGCUUAGUUGUUGACAGGGACAAGAAGAAAGUCGAAAAGUUUGAAUUUGAGAAGACACUCCCACCAUUGGAGGUAUGCAACAGGUUGUGGAAGAUGGCACAGUAAUGAAAGUCCAGAAAUACAUAUGCAAGACUGCAUGUAUCAUCUUUAUCACUUGUAAUUGCAGUGGUUGUAUUAAGAGUUGUGUUGAACCACUUUUUUAGGGCCUUAAUUUCCCUCAUUAAGAAUGUUGCAUCAAAUGUAGUCUCAAAUAAUAUGAAACCCGGGUUCUUGUUUGCAAUGCUCUUCUUGUUUUC